AGCUCCGUACUAUACGACUGCACUCUCUCAGUGAAACUCUUGGAGGAUCGUUCCACGAGGCUACCCUGUACCCUCCUUCUCUCCCAACCGUGCGCCAUGAGGAUUAUAUCUUUGGUAAUCCCAUUAUGCCUGUUACUAAUAACGGAGGCGAAACGAGCGGAUCUCCGGCCUCGUAUCGCGGAACCGCAAGUUUAUUACGAAGAAGACGACAGCCAGGCAGCUGAGGACGAUUACAGCCCAGCGGUCUACCAACCGCGUACACGUGCCCUUCCUUCGCCACGUUCGAAGGACGCUCUGCACUCAUCGAAGCCACCGCCGGUCCAGACCAUUCGCAAUUACAACAAGGUGAACGACGACGGAUCUUUCACUUUCGGCUACGAGGCAGCGGACGGCUCGUUCAAGGAGGAAACUCGUGGGACCGACUGCGUGGUGCGCGGCAAAUACGGCUACAUCGACCCUGACGGCAAUAAAAGGGAGUUCACGUACGUGUCCGGCAAUCCGUGCGACCCGAACGCGCCCAAGGAAGACGAGGACGACCUCGCCGACAAGCAAGAGGAGGAGGAUAUCUCCGGCCCGGCCAAUUAUCCUUCCGUGAGGCCGAUACCGAGACCGGCUGCCAGACCAGCUUACCAACAACCCACCACGCCCAGACCACCCACCACCAUAUUCCAAACGCAGUACCAGUUGGACGACGACGCCAGCCAAGAGUUGGGCGACGAGGACUUCGUGAAACCGUCCCAAUUGAGAGGGAGCGGCUACAGAACGGCUCAACAACCGGCCUACAUCCCUGUCACGCCAUCUACGGCUCUCUACGAGCCAUCCUCACCCACUGCCAACCCUGCCCUCUACAGGCUAGCCUCCUCCACGACCCAAUACCAGAGCACAGCCUCGCCCGUUCUUCGUGGCCAACCCAGCAUCUCCUCAACCGCCUAUCAAACCCUCGAGACGACCACCCGCCGCCCUGUGACCCGCCACCCUGCCAAGCCGCAAUCGGUCGCAAUCACCCCUCGACCCCACGUCGCACAAGUCGCCGCCCAGUACGUGUCCCCGAGUAGCACCGAGCGUCCAGCGUUAUCGUAUUCCCGGCCCUCGUCGCCGGUCACAGUCUCGCCCAAUCUACGCACCACCACCGCAUCUAGCACGUCUCACCUCGACUUCGCCGCCGAGCUCGAGCGUUACGUGAACACCGUCGGCGUGUCGAGCCCCAAACCAGUCCAACAAUCGUCCGUGCAAUCGUCGAAAGUAAAAUUAGCCGGUCAAACGGCGAUCGCAGCGUCCCCGGCCGCAGACCCCAUCUACCAGUCGGAGCUCGUUUACGAUCCGGCCACCGGUCAGUACAAUACCCAACUAUAUCAAUCGCUACCCCAAACCGUGGGCGACUUCACCCUAAGUCACAAACUCCAACCGUUCGUAGCCCAGCCCCAGUCCUAUCUCGGGCUCCAGCAGUUGCAGCAGAUCCAGCCCCAGCAGCCCCAACGUCAGUCCCCGCUCUAUAAGCAACCGGCCGCCCAGCCGUCCAUCAACCAGCCCCAGGAAGUGCUGUACAGGAAGCAACAGGCCCAGCUGUUGCAACAAUCGCAACAGCUCUACGCCCAACAGCAGAGACGGCAGCAGCAACAAUCGACACCGUCGCACAGGCUUCAACUGCUCGAGUCCCAGACGCAACCGCAGUCCUUUUACUACGUAGCGCCUGCGAGGUCCUCCAACUCGGCCAGCGCCCCACUUUCCGUAGGUCAGAUAGAUCACUAUCUUCGGGCCACAGCCGGUCGUUAUUGA